CGCGCAAGAAUUUAUUUAUAUAAAUAAAUUUUCCCUGCGGUAUUAUUUUGAUGUAUGUUUUUAAUUAAAUUUUGUGAAAUUAUUAUUUAUUUAUUUAUAUGUGUAUUAUUAUAAAGUGAAUGAUUUUAGUUUGAUAAAUAUGAGCUUUGAGGAAUUUAAACAAGAAAUUGAAAUCGGAAGUAGGGAUUGUAGAAAAAAAGGAACAAUAAUAAGAAGUAAAGAACGUGAAGUUAUUAAAUCAAUUAUUGAAAUUUGUGAUCAAGAGGCAAAACAAAAGUCUUUAUAUUUUCCAUUACGACAAGCAACAAAACGUGCUGCACAAUAUGCAAAAGUAUCGGAAAGAACAGUGAAAAGAAUUCGCGAACAGGUUAAGUGGGGUGUUGAAUUUAAUGAUGAUGAUUGUCCUUCAGGUUUAACGAAAAUAAAAAGAGGCAAAAUGAGCUUAAAAUUCGCUUGUAAUUUAUCGUUCAUGUUUCCUGAAUGUGCAUCAUUUAUUGGAAGAUAUCAACUCGCAAAAAAAGUUGGUUUCAAAGCUGUUGAAAGUGGUUUUCCAUUGGGAUAUUCCGUUGAACAGGUUGUUGAAGCAAAAACAAAAGCAGACGUUCAACAAGUGUUAAUUAACGUUUUUACAGGAGACGUAACAAAAGGUGAUCUUGGAUUUGCCGCCGUUCCUGGAGAGGAACAAAAUUUUCAAAACAGUAUUGAACUUACCAUUGAAUAUGCAAAGGCUCUGGAUUGUAGAAAGAUUCACGUAAUGUCAGGAAAAGUGGAAAUAUUAACAAAAGGCAAUGAUGAAGCUUAUGAAAAUAAUCUUAGGUACGCUGUAAAAAGAUUUGAGGAGGAAAAUAUUGUGGGUUUAAUUGAACCAAUAAAUUCCCAAACUGUACCAAAUUAUUAUAUGAACAGUUUUGAUAAAGGAUUAUCAAUCGUUAAAAAAAUAAACAGUCCAAAUUUACGAUUAAUGUUGGAUAUUUUUCAUUUGCAACAAAUUUGUGGAAAUCUCACAUAUUCGAUACGUGAAUAUUUACCAUACGUUGGACAUGUACAAAUUGCACAAGUACCCGAUCGAAAUGAACCAGAUACACCCGGCGAAAUAGAUUAUCAAUAUGUACUAUCUCUAUUGGAAAAAGAAGGAUAUGAGGAUUAUGUUGGUUUAGAAUAUAAACCAAAAACAAGUACAUUUGAGGGAAUAAAAUGGAUAAGACGAUUUGGAUUUUCAUUUUAAAAAAUAUUGCUGUAUUUUCCAUUUUUUUGUUGUUUUUUUAUAUAUAUAUUUUGUAAAGAAGUGAUGUUCUCGUGUGAUAUUUAAAAUGGAUAAAAAAUAAUUAAAUUUCAAAAUAAAAAAUAUACAAUUGUCUUGCAAAAAAAAAUAUCCAAAAAAAAAAGAAAUUGUUUUUAAAAAUAAAAAAAAAAUAUUGUUUCCUUCUAAAUUCACACUUCACUGUUAAAAUACGCAAUUUUAUUUUUUAAAAAAAAAUUGUAAUUUCAAUGUGUGCACUAAUUUUAUCACGACAGUGAAUUGUCUCGCGAUAAUUUUUUUUUUAAUAUUAAUUAACUUAAGAAUUGUUUUUAAUUAAUAAAAAAAAAUUUGAUUUUAUAAA